AUGGCCAACACCGAUGAGUGUACCUUGCAAACAUGUCCGUUAAGCGCUGCUUAUAUCGAAUAUCGGCCUAAUAUGCCCGGGAAUAUGGUUUACCUUGCGAUUUUCGCAGUCUUGAUGGUUGGACAGGUCGGUGCGGGCAUCAAGUAUCGAACUUGGAGUUUCAUGGUCCCAAUGGCUGCUGGCCUUAUAUUAGAGGUGAUAGGAUAUUUGGGCCGAGUGUUCCUACACAACAAUCCAUUCAAUUUCGAUGCUUUCUUGAUGUAUUUGAUAUGUCUCACAAUUGCACCAGCAUUUUUCACAGCUGGCAUAUAUCUUUGCCUGGGUCGUGUCAUUACUGUUUACGGGGAGGAAUUCUCACGCUUGAAGCCGAGAACUUACACCUACAUCUUCGUGGCCUGUGAUUUGAUCUCUCUUGUGUUGCAAGCAGCUGGUGGUGCUGUCACCUCUAUCGCCGAUGAAAGAUCCCUUCGGGAUACUGGUGUCAACAUCAUGAUCGCCGGGUUAGCCUUCCAAGUCGUUUCCUUGGUGGCAUUCUCUGUUCUUGCAAUUGAAUAUGGAGUCCGGGCUGUACGAGCACGACGAAUGCAUUCUCAGAAGCGACGAGCAAGCUGGAAGAGGAGAUCAUUCUUGCUAGGCUUGGCAACCGCAGUUUUGACUAUAGUGAUUCGGUCUGCUUUUCGGGUAGCUGAGCUCCAGAGGGGUUUCGACAGUAGUCUUGCCAAUGACGAGGUAGCGUUGAUGAUUCUCGAAGGCGCCAUGGUUUCAAUUGCGUGUAUUUGCUUGACCGGCUUGUAUCCUGCUCUGCUUGUGGGCAAAAAUUGGAAGACACCCCGAGCGCUUACACUGGUCUCGGAUUCGGAAACAGAAUUGAAUUGA